AUGAUGGUAGAUCGAAUUCUUCAUGCAAAAAUAGUUUCACCACUGGAUAAAAUACCAACGAUUGGAGGAAAAAAACGACCUCGUCGUCUGUCCAUUGUUCGUGAAUUCUGUUUAAAUACAUCCACCCAUGCCUUGCCAGGUAUUGCUCGCAGUGCAAGCAUACACAAUCGUAUAUUUUGGUCGAUUUCAUUUAUUGGCUUUGCUGCAAUUAUGAUAUUUUUUAUUGUUAAAGCAAUUAUGGCCUAUUUCGACUAUCCAACAAGCAUGGAUAUAACCUAUAUCAGAGAAUGGCCGCAAUAUUUUCCCGCAUUUAGCUUUUGUAAUGGAUCACCACUUCGUUAUGAUCAAAUUAUGGGACCAUUUUUAAGCUACAUUAAUGCAACAAAUAGAAAUAGUACGACAACAGCUGAUACAUUUCAAUUAAGUGAUCUUUGGUAUUUCCUAAUUUAUAAAAGUAAUAUAAAUGAAUCAGUUGAAUCAUAUUUCUUUUCACUAUCUUCCAUGCUUCGCACAUGUACAUACAAUUUCCAACCAUGUUCAGUACAAGAUUUUAUUCCAUUUCUAUCAUCAUCCUAUGGCUUAUGCUAUACGUUCAAUGCAAAACUUACAAAUAGCUAUAAUGAUAGUAUAAGAUAUAUAAAUCAAGGUGGAGGUGAUGGUAACCUUUACUUAGGUCUCUAUGUACACAGUCAUCAAUAUGUCCCUUAUACAGCAAAUUCCGCUGGAAUCAUAGCUCUCGUCCAUGACAAUACACAACUGCCACUGAUUGAAGCAGCUGGUCUAGAACUGGCACCAGGACGAAAACAUAAAUUGGGCUAUAGAAAGAAGACAGCAUACUUUUUAUCAUCACCAUAUACUAGUUGUACAAGUGAAAUUUCUCCUUCAAUGAAAGCUAUGCUCGAAAAAUAUCGUGGCGCUGAUUAUGGUUAUUCAGAAACAAUUUGCUAUCAACUGUGUGAACAAAAGUACAUUUAUGAACAAUGUGGUUGUGUGAACCCGAAUUUAUGGAAUGCUCGCUCUAUUGUUAAACCAGACAGUGAGGAAAUCAUCAUAGCACCUCUUUGCAACGUAACGAAUCAAUGUUAUUCAACAGCGGCGAAUAAAAUUUGGACUUCAUCAUCACUAAUGAAUAAGUAUUGUUUAGAUUGUUUACAACAAUGUACAAUAACAAGCUUCAUUGUUCAAGCAUCUUCGUCACGAGCACCGCUCGAAUGGGAAAUGAAUGACAUUAAGGCUUUUGUGGAAAACUCGUCAGUGUCAUUACCUGCUAAUUGGUCCAUCACAUGGCGUGAACAUAUUUAUGCAGAUUAUCUUGCUGUGAACAUUGCACGUGAAACAAAUAUCGUCGAAACGAAUUCUCAAACAGCCACAAUGGGUUUAGUUGAUGUUCUUUCAAAUAUUGGCGGUCAAACUGGCCUAUGGAUUGGUAUUAGUUUUCUUUCAAUCAUGGAAAUAAUUGAAAUGCUUUACCGACUAAUGCGACACGAAUUUCAUUUGAUUCGAUUAUCAAUACAAGGAAACCGAUAA